ACUCUUGAAACAAGGGGUGGAGUGGGGCUCAGGAUUCUGGAAAGGAAAUCAUCCUCUCUUCCCUAAGGACCCAGCAAAUAACACUUUCCUGGGUCCUCAAAAUCAUACUGGGGAACUGGAAAAUCCAGUUACCCAGCUUCCCCCUCCCCUUGCCCCCAGACACCUUGCUAAGUUUUGAGCCUGGGACUGGAGAAAGGAAGCUGUAGUCAAGCGAAACCAGCGAGGCUCCAGACAUUGCUUCUGUCCAUCUGAGGAGUGAAGUGUCCAGCAUGGCAGCCCUGCUGCCCCUCUUCCUCUUCCUGACCCUUCUCAGCACCUCCUAUGGGACAGGGCCAGGAAUGAUUUUGCAACUGAAGCUAAAGGACUCCUUUCCGGCAAAUUCCUCCUAUGGUUAUGACUUCAUGAGAUUGCUUGAAAAGCUUUGCCUACUUCUUGACCUCCAUUCUGGGACCAACGUCACCCUCCAUCAUGCAGGAUCCCUACACCAUGUCACCUGCAAAGUCUAAGACCAGUGGAAGUCUGCACUGCUCUCAACGGAGGCAUUUGGCCCCCAGAGUGCAGGGAGGAUGCUCAGAUUUUGUCUUGCUUUCAUCUUGCUGAGUAGCAGUAAAUACGUUUCAUUCAA